GGAAGCCUGCGUUCCUCUGUCUGGCUUCACCGUCACCUCCUCCUCUAUAUAAACUGUAUCCUUCUUGAUUUGAAAUAUGCUCUCAUUUCCAGACGCCAUUUUCCCUCACAUUUUCUCUUGUUUCAAACCAUCAAUUUACUGUUUAUUUCUCUUUCUCCUCUUUAGUUCUAAUUGUUACCCAAUAUCCUCUGCUUGGCUCACGAAAAUCCCACGAUAAUCAAUUUUCUAUCUCUAUUUAUACGUAUUUGGCGCUGUGCCCAUUUUGUCUUUGAUUCUUGAUGCUAUGGCUACACUAAUUUUCCUCAGCAAUUCCACCAUGAAGCCGUCUUGUAGAUUCCUCAUAACUCGAAGGACUCCGGGUAUUUUCGGGUCUGCAAAAUACCACCAUACUUUAACCGGCGAUAUAUCAAGGAAUCAAAUCAGUUUUGACCAUAACAAACAGUUUUCAGAAUACCCUUCUGGAUUUUUCGGGUUUCGAAGCAUAAUCAAUAGUACCCAGAAAUUUUUUUGUAUACCAAUUGCCAAUUUUGGCCCACCCAGGCUUGUAUCAGGAUCUUCUUGUGGUGAGCGUACAAGAAGAAGAACAAGCAGGGGCGUUUCCGUUGUUGCCAGUGUUGCAUCCGAAGUGAAAGAAUAUUCAACUUCCGUUGAGACCAGGGUGAAUGAUAAGAAUUUUGAGAGAAUUUAUGUGCACAAUGGAAUUGGCGUAAAGCCGUUGGUAGUUGAGAAGAUUGACAAAGAUGAGAAUGUUUUAGGAGAGGCAGCGUCUAGGAUAGGAGUCGUUGUUCCUGAUGAAGGUGAAAAGGUAAAUACUGAGAAUUUGGAAGGUGUUAAGGGAGUUGAGAUUGGGAAUUCUUGGAGGGAAGAGUCGGAAAUUGAAAAAGAGGCGUGGAAGUUGUUGAAUGAUGCGAUUGUUACGUACUGUGGGAGUCCUGUAGGGACGGUGGCUGCAAAUGAUCAAGGUGAUAAGCAGCCAUUGAAUUAUGAUCAGGUGUUUAUCCGUGAUUUUGUGCCCUCAGCUCUUGCCUUCUUGCUUAGAGGAGAAGGAGAGAUCGUGAGGAAUUUCCUGCUCCACACCUUGCAAUUGCAGAGUUGGGAGAAAACAGUGGAUUGCUAUAGUCCAGGACAGGGGUUGAUGCCUGCUAGUUUUAAAGUCAGAACUGUGCCUCUUGAUGGCAAUAAAUCUGAAGAAGUUUUAGAUCCAGAUUUUGGUGAAUCAGCUAUUGGCCGUGUUGCCCCCGUGGAUUCUGGUUUGUGGUGGAUUAUUUUAUUGAGGGCAUACGGGAAAAUUACCGGUGACAACACAUUGCAAGAAAGGGUGGAUGUUCAGAUAGGCAUAAAAUUGAUUUUAAACUUGUGCUUGACUGAUGGGUUUGAUAUGUUUCCUUCUCUGUUGGUCACUGAUGGAUCUUGCAUGAUAGAUCGACGGAUGGGUAUUCAUGGUCAUCCCCUUGAGAUCCAAGCCUUAUUUUACUCUGCUUUGCGUUGCUCUCGUGAGAUGCUGACGGUAAAUGAUGGUUCCAAGAAUUUGGUGAGGACCAUCAACAACAGACUCAGUGCACUGUCAUUCCAUAUUAGAGAAUAUUAUUGGGUUGACAUCAAGAAGAUCAAUGAGAUUUACCGGUAUAAAACAGAAGAGUAUUCCAUGGAUGCCACUAACAAGUUCAAUAUAUAUCCUGAACAAAUACCUUCUUGGCUCAUGGAUUGGAUACCAGAGGAAGGUGGGUAUCUUAUUGGGAAUCUACAGCCAGCACACAUGGAUUUUAGGUUUUUCACUCUCGGAAAUCUUUGGUCUGUUAUUUCAUCUUUGGGUACCCCAAAACAAAAUAAAGCUAUUCUAAAUUUGAUUGAAGCCAAAUGGGAUGAUCUUGUUGGACGUAUGCCCCUUAAAAUAUGUUACCCUGCUCUGGAGGAUGAGGAUUGGCGUAUAAUCACUGGAAGUGACCCAAAGAAUACCCCUUGGUCAUAUCAUAAUGGUGGAUCUUGGCCAACACUUCUUUGGCAGUUCACUUUGGCAUGCAUCAAGAUGGGCAGAUUAGAACUAGCACAGAAGGCAGUUGCUUUGGCUGAAGAAAGACUUGCAGUUGAUCACUGGCCCGAGUAUUACGACACACGUACAGGAAAGUUUAUCGGAAAACAAUCUCGACUAUAUCAAACAUGGACAAUUGCUGGGUUCCUGACAUCAAAAGUUCUCUUAGAAAACCCCCAGAUGGCAUCAAUGUUAUUAUGGGAGGAGGACUAUGAGCUUCUUGAAAUCUGUGUUUGUGCACUUAGCAAGACUGGUCGGAAGAAGUGCUCUCGAGGUGCUGCUAAGACGCAAAUUCUCGUGUAGGAUAACAGCCGUUCAUCAAAAGCAGAAUCUUUUAUAACUGUACAGCUUCAAGUUUAGGAGAGGAUCAUAAAGAGUCUGAUAAAAGAGGAAUUUUGAACCUCUGCAUAGAUUGCUAACAUACCUCCCAGUUGAUUAGUCUUGGAAUUUUGAAGGACUAGAAUUGAGGGACGGCCACAAAUUUGUAUUGUGGUUCCUCACAUUGCCACUCUGUAAAUUACUAAAUUCUUUAUAAAUUUCAUUUAUAAUAUCCCAUUUUUUAUACA